GACAGUUGUAUGGUGAUGGAGGGGGAACAACCUCAAGAGGACAGUGCCCAACCCCAGCCCCCCGCGUCCUGCUCCAAGAAGCCAGACAAGACCCUCUACCAGCCCAAGAAGAAGCAGGACGGCCCCAAAGAUAAGGCCCAAACCCAGGGAGACGGCAAACCAAAGCCCAGGCCUCGCUACACGGACAAGGCCCGAAAAAACGCCAAGAACAAGAAGGACAAAGGAGGGAAGACAGGAGGAGAGGGGAAUGGAGUCCUAAACGGUGAGGCCAAACUGGAGGAGAGGGUAGAAGGAGGAGGGGAGAAAGGGCCACAAAAUGAUGGACAGGCUGCUACAGCCAAUCAGGAAGGAGAUGGAGUUGUGGGCUCGCGACUGGAGGGAGGGAGCGAGAGUUCUCCUGAGAGAGAAGGGGGAUCCCGGGAGGGGAUAGAGGAAGGCCUUCAGGAAGAGGAAGAGGAGGAGGAGAGCUGGGACGCUCUCUUUGAUGACGAAGGAGAGUGUUUGGACCCCCAUGUGCUAGAGGAGGUGAGUCUGCCUGUGUGUAUGUCUGUUUGAAGAGGUGAGUCUGUCUGCCUGUGUCUACCUGUGUCUGUCAGGAGGUGAGUCUGUCUGUCUGCACCCCUAGAAUACUGCUAUAACACUCAAUGUAUGUCUGCUACUUAUUAGUGGUACUAUUGCUGCAAUGCUGUUAGUAACACAUCCACUGUUCUGUCUAUAGUUGGGCAUAUUUAGUAGUUUUGCUUACUAGUCUCCUAUCUCUCUCAAGCCUUCUCUCUAAGGGGAGCUGUCCCUUCUUUAGACGUCUCUUCCCAUUCAUAAGGAGUAGUCGCCUGUGCUCUCGUCUUCAGAGGUGGCCUGCGGGUCGAACUGAUGUCGGCGGUGCAGGAGGCCAGGUUGACCUAUAACUGCUAUAACAGAUGUGAGUCGGGGACAUAUGACUACUGCUAGAGAUGAGCUGUCUAUAACAAUCACGACUGUCCAUCAGAGUUUAAGUACUUGACUGGUCAAUCCUUCCAGCUCUCCCUCGUACCCUACCUUCUCCUACUCAAGCAUUCCCCGUACCCAGCUCUAUAGUUGCAAAUAAAUGGGCUGCCAGGGCAGUUCAUGGCCAGGUGCAACGUUUCGUCGCAAGUUAGCCCAAAUACACUGUCUGAUGCUAACAUCUAAUUCUACUUAGAGUCACAUCGUUUAGACAGGGCCUAAGUAUCCUUAAGACUAGGUACCGUUUGGACACCCUCGAUCUUCACCUCACAUAUUAAUAAUAUUAGAUAUAGGCUUCAGCUAUACUGGUGCUUUCCCAAAGUUACCAAAUUACAGCUGCUGUAAAUGGGCCCAUUCUCUAGGCAUGUCACAGCCUAAGUCAGUCUAUAUAGAAUAGCUUGACCACCCUCGACUACCUCUCUUCUCUUGUAAGGUAGCCUAUGGGUUUGUAAGAGUAAAGUUCGGUCAAUCUCAUUGGGAUGCCCUAGUCCUAUCUAACUAGGACCAGUACCUCUCUCUUGUCAAGUGUACUGCUCCAUUUGUCAAGAGGUAGCGUGCUCCAAUUCUCAGAGGUACCAGUCCCUCUUGUCAAAGGUAGCCAGUCUCCAUCUUGUCAAGAUAGCCAGUGUCCAUCUUGUCAAGAGGUAGCCAGUGCUCCAUCUUGUCAAGAGUAGCCAUGCUCCAUCUUGUCAAGAGGUAGCCGUGCUCCAUCUUGUCAAGAGUAGCCAGUGCUCCAUCUUGUCAAGAGGUAGCCAGUGCUCCAUUUGUCAAGAGGUCCUGCUCCAUCUUGUCAAGAGGUAGCCAGUGCUCCAUCUUGUCAAGAGGUAGCCAGUGCUCCAUCUUGUCAAGAGGUAGCCAGUGCUCCAUCUUGUCAAGAGGUAGCCAGUGCUCCAUCUUGUCAAGAGGUAGCCAGUGCUCCAUCUUGUCAAGAGGUAGCCAGUGCUCCAUCUUGUCAAGAGGUAGCCAGUGCUCCAUCUUGUCAAGAGGUAGCCAGUGCUCCAUCUUGUCAAGAGGUAGCCAGUGCUCCAUCUUGUCAAGAGGUAGCCAGUGCUCCAUCUUGUCAAGAGGUAGCCAGUGCUCCAUCUUGUCAAGAGGAAGCCUACAGUAUGUGGUAGAGAUGAGAUGUUAAAGGUGUUUGUGUCUGUAGGCAGAGAGGCUUUGACAUCCAGUUUGUGGACGAUACACACGCCCUGGCUCUCUUCAACAGCCCCAUAGCAGGUGAGUCACAACUGGGUUACAACUGAACAUGUUUCUUACCUUAUGGAAAGCACCGUCUGUCUCUUUUCUGUGAAACUUUACUAAAGGUGUUUGGAUGGUAAAAUGAAGUAGUGGUCAACGUGUUAAUGAUUUUAAUAGUAGAGCUGACUUAACUGUCUUCUCAGUCAACACUCAAGUCAACAUUUGAGGUAAGCAUUUAGCAACUGAACUCUCCAUCUCUCUCUCUCUCUGUCUGUGUCUGCGUGUUCUUGUGUGUGUGUGUGGUGUGUGUGUGUGUCAGCUCGGGAGGCUCUGAGGACCAAACAUCCUCUGUUGAAGGUCAGGUCUCUGGCUAAAGCCUCCGUCACCACCAGGGCAAAGGCUCGCAGCUGCUCAGGUACUAACUAUCCUCUCUUUCAUUCAUCUGUCCUUCCUUUCCUUUAUCCUCCAUCAUUCAGAGUGUUUCUGGAACUCCUUCUUUGACCGGUUCUCUCUUCCUCUACAUCUCCUCUCUCAUCUCUCCUGUAUUCUCUCUCUCUCUCUCUCUCUAUCUCUCUCUCUCUCUCUCUCUCUCUCUCUCUCUCUCUCUCUCUCUCUCUCACUCACUCACUCAUAUCUCCUGUUCUCUCUCUCUCUCAUAUCUCCUGUUCCCUCUCCUCUCCUCUCCUCCAGACUACCUGCUCCCUACUAAGGAGCGUCCCCAGACCAGUGCAGUGUUGGCCCGCAGGCUGGUGAUGGGGGCGCUGGGUGUCAAGAGUCCCCAGAGCAAAGAGCACCGCGAAGCAGAGAAAAAAAAACUGCAAGAUGCCAGAGGUACGUGAUUAAAGGGGCAAUCUGGAAUUCUAACAAUAACAAGAGGUUUCCCCGCCACUUGUUUUGGUAAAUAGCUGAGGGAUGGGGCUGGAGAAAUGUAACCACUCUCAAAUUCAUAGACGGUAUGUAUGCAAGGACUGACUGUCCAUGAGAUCAGAAUGCUCGUUUUAACCAUGUUUUGAGUCUAUAUAGCGUUUUUAGUGUCACAAUUAUAUUGUUUACAAACAAUGGAGUAAAACAGGCUUAUAUUUUGGGUUGUGAUGGGGUACGACCAAUGAUGUGGAUAAACCCUGGGUGACUAACCGGGGGGCGCUGUUUUGAAGCCACCGCAAAGCGAUUUUGGUACUCCUCCGUUGUAAAAAAGAUUUUGGAAGCUAUAGAAAUGCAUUUAUUAAUGUCUACAUUCGUUUUUGACAAGUAUAUUCUAUUACAGACACCUUAAUGCAUACUUUUAAAUUAUAUUAUUCAAACUGAACAUAAAAAUAAUACAAUAAAAUGUUUUUAAGAAAUACUUAAAUACAUGUAAUUUUGUCUUUGAACCAUGUAAUUGAAAUACUGUAGAAUUCCGUUCAUUCCGAUGGAGGGCUACUCCUACUGGGGAGUGCCUACAUGGCAGACCGGUGGCUUCAAAGCCACUAACACGCCAAUAAGUAGCAUCAGCAAUCCAGGGUUUAUAUAAAUCAUUGGGUACGACAGUUGAAGUAAGCUGUCAUUGAAUGUUGCUACCACUAGGGGGUGGUGUUCUGUCAGUGUGAAGAUACAGAUGGUGAUGUCUCAGGACCAUUACAUUUUAGUCAUUUAGCAGACGCUCUUAUCCAGAGCGACUUACAGUUAGUACAUGAGAGACUGAGGACAAUGCUCUCAUCUAGUGUUCUAUAAACACACACUGCACGUCCUGGAAAUAGGAUCCAGUCAUGUUGUUUAAGUGUAGCCUUGCUACCAAAGACCAGCUGUUGGGGGAAAAGUGGUGUCCUCACAAGAUACAAAUAUAGAACAGAUCAUCAGGAGGAACUGACAACUAGAUGUUUGCUGGUGGUGACUACUUCUUGCACUGAGAGAGAGAGGAGACCCAUAUACAGUGUGUGUGUGUCAGGGUCAGGAGAGAGAGAGGGAGACCCAUAUACAGUGUGUGGGUCAGGGUCCUGAGAGAGAGAGGAGACCCAUAUACAGUGUGUGGGUCAGGGUCCUGAGAGAGAGAGGAGACCCAUAUACAGUGUGUGGGUCAGGGUCCUGAGAGAGUGGUGGCUUACUGGUAGUUAGGCAGAGAGAAGGACCAUACACGUCGUGUCGGGCUAGAGCCGAGAGUCGACCCUAUCCAUGUGUUGCCGAGAGAGAGAUGGAACAUAUACGUGUUGUUUAUUUCUGCUCCCAGAGGAUAUAUAGUAGAUACAUAAAACCAGAAGGACCAGUCCACUCUGAGAGAGGAUAUAUAGUAGAUACAUAAAGCCAGAAGGACCAGUCCACUCUGGUGGAUUUAACAAGUGACAUCAAAUCAAAUUUUAUUGGUCACAUACACAUAUUUAGCAGAUGUUAUUGUGGGUGUAGCGAAAUGCUUGUGUUUCUAGCUCCAACAGUGCAGGAAGAUCUAACAAUACACAAAAUACACACAUGUAAAAGAAUGGAAUUAAGAAAUAUAUAAAUAUUAGGACGAGCAAUGUCUGAGUGGCAUUGACUAAACUACAGUAGAAUAGAAUACAGUAUAUACAUAUGAGAUGAGUAAAGCAGUAUGUAAACAUUAUUAAAGUGACUAGUGUUCCAUUAUUAAAGUGGCCAGUGAUUCCAAGUCUAUGUAUAUAGGGCAGCAGCCUCUAAGGUGCAGGGUUACGUAACCGGGUGGAAGCCGCCUAGUGAUGGCUAUUUAACAGUCUGAUGGCCUUGAGAUAGAAGCUGUUUUUCAGUCUCUCAGUCCCAGCUUUGAUGCACCUGUACUGAUGACCUCGCCUUCUGGAUGAUAGCGGGGUGAACAGGCAGUGACUCGGAUGGUUGUUGUCCUUGAUGAUCUUUUUGGCCUUCCUGUGACAUCGGGUGCUGUAGGUGUCCUGGAGGGCAGGUAGUGUGCCCCCAGUGAUGCGUUGGGCAGACCUCACCACCCUCUGGAGAGUCCUGCGGUUGCGGGCGGUGUAGGUGAUACAGCCUGACAGGAUGCUCUCAGUUGUGCAUCUGUAAAAGCCGUUGCGCCUUCACCACACUCUGUGUGGGUGGACCAUUUCAGACAAUCAGUGAUGUGUACGCCGAGGAACUUGAAGCUUUCCACCUUCUCAACUGUGGUCCUGUCGAUGUGGAUAGAGGGGUGCGCCCUCUGCUGUUUCCUGACGUCCACGAUCAUCUCCUUUGUUUUGCUGACGUUGAGUGAGAGGUUAUUUUCCUGGCACCACACUCCCAGAGCCCUCACCUCCUCCCUGUAGGCGGUCUCGUCAUUGUUGGUAAUCAAGCCUACUACUGUUGUGUCGUCUGCAAACUUGAUGAUUCCAUCAAGGAGUGCAUGGCUACGCAGUCAUGGGUGAACAGGGAGUACAGGAGGGGGCUGAGCACGCACCCUUGUGGGACCCCUGUGUUGAGGAUCAGCGAAGUGGAGGUGUUCUUUUCUGCCUUCACCACCUGGGUGCGGCCCGUCAGGAAGUUCAGGACCCAGUUGCACAGGGUUGGGUUCAGACCCAGGGCCCCGAGCUUAAUGAUGAGCUUGGAGGGUACUAUGGUGUUGAAUGCUGAGCUAUAGUCAAUUAACAGCAUUCUUAAAAUAGGUAUUCCUCUUGUCCAGAUGGGAUAGGACAGUGUGCAGUGCGAUGGCGAUUGCAUCGUCUGUGGAUCUAUUGGGGCGGUAAGCAAAUUGAAGUGGAUCUAGGGUGUAAGGUAGAGGUGAUAUGAGCCUUAACUAGCCUCUCAAAGCACUUCAUGAUGACAGAAGUGAGUGCUAGGGGGCGAUAGUCAUUUAGUUCAGUUAAGGGAGGAUGGGAUGGAGGGGGGUAAGUGGUUCCUUUCCUCUCCGUCAGGCCUUCCCUUCCCAGGUGUUGUCUCUGUUUAGCUGCCAGAAGCUUCUGCUCUGAAAGAGGGAUCAUAGCUUUCACCUGGUCAGGAGGGAGCCGGACGGAUGGCAGCUCAUGGAACUGACUCUGUUUGUUUUCUGGCAUGGAUGACUUGGAAUCUUCUGUUGUCAGGUGAACUUAGAGGACGUUAUGUGAUCAUAGACAUUAUGUGUCUGUGUGAAGCUCUGUUUAGAUUGUUCGAUACAACUAGCGCUCCCUCCCCUGCCCCUGGUGCCCAGGGAGCACAAGACAUUGAAAAUGCGUAUUUUCAACCCAAAAAAUACUUAUUUUCUACAAAGAAAUACAUAUUUUCAACCAAGAAAUACGUAUUUUCAACAUCUUUUCAACCCCAAAAAUAUGUAUUUUCAACCAAAAAUAUAUUCUCAUAAGGUGGGGAUGUGCUUUUUAUACAGGAACAUCCUAUAAUCAUAUACAGUCUUAUGAUUCAUGCAGGGAAAAAAGUAUUUGAUCCCCUGCUGAUUUUGUACGUUUGCCCACUGACAAAGACAUGAUCAGUCUAAAUUUGAAUGGUAGGUUUAUUUGAACAGUGAGAGACAGAAUAACAACAAAAAAAUCCUGAAAAACGCAUGUCAAAAAUGUUAUAAAUUGAUUUGCAUUUUAAUGAGGGAAAUAAGUAUUUGACCCCUCUGCAAAACAUGACUUAGUACUUGGUGGCAAAACCCUUGUUGGCAAUCACAGAGGUCAGACGUUUCUUGUAGUUGGCCACCAGGUUUGCACACAUCUCAGGAGGGAUUUUGUCCCACUCCUCUUUGCAGAUCUUCUCCAAGUCAUUAAGGUUUCGAGCCUGACGUUUGGCAACUCGAACCUUCAGCUCCCUCCACAGAUUUACUAUGGGAUUAAGGUCUGGAGACUGGCUAGGCCACUCCAGGACCUUAAUGUGAUUCUUCUUGAGCCACUCCUUUGUUGCCUUGGCCGUUUGUUUUGGGUCAUUGUCAUGCUGGAAUACCCAUCCACGACCCAUUUUCAAUGCCCUGGCUGAGGGAAGGAGGUUCUCACCCAAGAUUUGACAGUACAUGGCCCCGUCCAUCUUCCCUUUGAUGCGGUAAAGUUGUCCUGUCCCCUUAGCAGAAAAACACCCCCAAAGCAUAAUGUUUCCACCUCCAUGUUUGACGGUGGGGAUGGUGUUCUUGGGGUCAUAGGCAGCAUUCUUCCUCCUCCAAACACGGCGAGUUGAGUUGAUACCAAAGAGCUCGAUUUUGGUCUCAUCUGACCACAACACUUUCACCCAGUUCUCCUCUGAAUCAUUCAGAUGUUCAUUGGCAAACUUCAGACGGGCCUGUAUAUGUGCUUUCUUGAGCACGGGGACCUUGCGGGCGCUGCAGGAUUUCAGUCCUUCACGGCAUAGUGUGUUACCAAUUGUUUUCUUGGUGACUAUGGUCCCAGCUGCCUUGAGAUCAUUGACAAGAUCCUCCCGUGUAGUUCUGGGCUGAUUCCUCACCGUUCUCAUGAUCAUUGCAACUCCACGAGGUGAGAUCUUGCAUGGAGCCCCAGGCCGAGGGAGAUUGACAGUUAUUUUGUGUUUCUUCCAUUUGCAAAUAAUCGCACCAACUGUUGUCACCUUCUCACCAAGCUGCUUGGCGAUGGUCUUGUAGCCCAUUCCAGCCUUGUGUAGGUCUACAAUCUUGUCCCUGACAUCCUUGGAGAGCUCUUUGGUCUUGGCCAUGGUGGAGAGUUUGGAAUCUGAUUGAUUGAUUGCUUCUGUGGAUAGGUGUAUUUUAUACAGGUAACAAACUGAGAUUAGGAGCACUCCCUUUUAGAGUGUGCUCCUAAUCUCAGCUCGUUACCUGUAUAAAGACACCUGGGAGCCAGAAUGACACUGGGGAGCCCAGAAAUCUUUGAUGAGAGGGGGUCAAAUACUUAUUUCCCUCAUUAAAAUGCAAAUCAAUUUAUAACAUUUUUGACAUGUGUUUUUCUGGAUUGUUUUGUUGUUAUUCUGUCUCUCACUGUUCAAAUAAACCUACCAUUAAAAUUAUAGACUGAUAAUUUCUUUGUCAGUGGGCAAACGUACAAAAUCAGCAGGGGAUCAAAUACUUUUUUCCCUCACUCUAUGUAAUCAUAUAUACGUUCUAUAUUCUAUGUGUAAUUGGGUGUGGUUAUUUGAUUUAUUAGGAUCCCCAUUAGCCGACGCCAAUGGUGACCGCUAGUCUUACUGGGGUCCGACACAUAACGAAAGACAUUACAGACAAAAAAAAGACUUAACAAUUGACAUACAUUUAAAGACAUUAACGUGUGUGGUGUGUGUGUGGUGUCUUGUUGAUAGUAUUGUCUACUACGAGUGGUAUUAAUUGCUACUUUCGUACCAACCUCUCUGUCUCUGUGUCCGGUCUUUGUCUUUCAGAGCAGAAGCGUCUGGCAGCUAAACAGAGACACGAACGCCUGGGAAGGGAAGGCCUGACGGAGAGGAAAGGAACCACUUACCACCCUCCAGCCCAUCCUCCCUUCACCGUACGGACUAGACACACCUCUGUUCCCUCUCCUCUCCCCACCUACCAUGGGGGCUACACAGCACCCCUCCCUCCCCCCUACGCAGGGCAGCUCUACUGAAGCCAAACUGGACCGAACAUGAACUGAACUGAACUUGACUGAGCCAAAGCCCAGAGUGUGUUGCCAGAAGUUUUUAUCUUGAAACCUGGUCAGCUUUAGAUUCAUUAUCAUUACUAACAUUGAUAACAGGGUAAUAUGGACAGGUUUGGAUAAUA